AUGAACAUCAGUGCACUGCUCAACUCGUACUACGACCUGUCCGGGGAGCAGAUGAACCACAUCAACGAGUUUGUGGCCCGGGCCCUGCUCCAUGUGGUGCACCACUUCAUUCUCAGUGUGACCCCGUCGCUGGUGUUGACCCUCUGCUGCCGAAGCAAUCACACGUGCAACUUCUACAACGAGAUGAUGAGCACCCUGUUCCGGCAAUGGGGAUUGGCCCCGGUGCAGAUCGUGAACGUGGAGCGGGGUGUGCCAUGGCAUCCGGUUCCGGGUCGUCGCCACUUCAAUGUCAUCUUCACGGACUCCUUUGCCGCCUUCGAGGAAAUCCGGAUGGAGUACUAUGCCCGGGAGUACAACUACAACGAGCACUACUUCAUAUUCCUGCAGGCGCGGGAUCGUCUCUUGCUGGGCGAGAUGCGGUUGAUCUUCGACUACUGCUGGCGCUACCAGUUGAUCCACUGCAGCAUCCAGGUGCAGAAGUCCAACGGGGACAUCCUGUUCUACAGCUACUAUCCCUUCGGGGAGCGGGGAUGCUCCGACCUGGAGCCGCAGCUGAUCAAUCGCUACAAUGGCAGCAUGCUGGUGGAGCCGGACCUGUUCCCCCGCAAGCUGGCCAACUUCUACGGCUGUCCCCUGCGAUGUGCCCUGUGGAAUGAGCCACCCUUUCUCGUCCUCCAUGAGAAUGAGAAUGAGAAAGAGAAAAAGAAAGAGGAUGGGGGCCAGGAGGAGCACGUCCUGGUCGUGGGCGGUGGCUACGAGGGUCGUCUGCUCCUGGCACUCGCCGAGAAGAUGAACUUCACCAUUGCCGUGCGCCAAGUGCAUGCGAAUGUCAGAAACCAGGCCUUGGAGAUGCUGCAACGUGGCGAGGCGGACCUCACUCUGGGUGGGAUCAGGCAGACGGUGGGCAGGAGUGUGGUGGCCACUUCGACGCACAACUACCACCAGACGCGCGAGGUCUUCGGGGUGCUGACCUCCAGCUACGAGCUGAGCUCCUUCGACAUCCUGCUGUACCCGUACCGCCUGCAGAUCUGGCUGGGCAUCCUCGGCGUGGUGGCUCUGUCCGCCCUCCUCCAGCUGGCGGUGGACAGGCUGCUCAGGGAGCGUCUGGGAUCGCGGUCGUGGCUCCAACUGGAGCUCAUCUUCGUGGGCAUGCCACUGCUGGAGGCGCCGCGAUCGCAGACCGCUCGUCUCUACUGCCUGACACUGAUGAUGUACACCCUGAUAAUCCGGACAAUCUACCAGGGACUGCUGUACCAUCUGAUACGCACCCAGCAACUCAAUCGAUGGCCACAGACGAUCGAGUCGCUGGUGCAGCGCAAUUACACGGUGGUGCUAACGCCCAUUGUCCAGGAGGUGCUGGACGAGAUUCCCAGUGUGCAGCACAUGCGGUUCCGGCUGCUGGAGGCCACCUCCGAGCUGGAUCCGCUCUACUUCCUGGAGGCGAACCAUCGGCUGCGGCACCAUGUGACCGCCUCCGCCCUGGACAUCUUCAUCCACUUCAAUCGCCUGAGUUCGGACAAGAUCCACCAGAGGGCUGGCGGUGGGCAGGGCGGUGCAGGAGCCCACUUCGAAAUCGUGCCCGAGGACAUCAUCAACAUGCAGCUGACCAUGUACCUGGCCAAGCACUCCUUCCUCAUCGAUCAGCUCAACGAGGAGAUCAUGUGGAUGCGUUCGGUGGGUCUGCUGUCCGUGUGGGCCAGGUGGGAGCUCUUCGAGAGCUAUCUGCGUAACGAGCAGAACUACCAGAUCCUGGGCAUCAUGGAGCUGUAUGCCAUAUUUCUAGUGGUCAUGGUGGGUCUGAUCCUUGGCUUGAUCGUCUUUAUCCUGGAGCUCGCUUCUCGGCGGUCGCUUUUCUUGAGGAAACUUUUUUCGUAG